CGGUGAAUGGCAGAAUUUUUGUCAUCUAGUGAAAACAAGAGCAGAAUUUCGUUGGAGAAGCGAAAUAACAUAAUUAGUUAGUUAUUAUUAAUACUUAAGCAUUUAGAGGCACUUAGUACGCUGCAAUCGAGCUUUAAUCAUGGGUGGGGUGCUUAGUUAUUUUCGUGGUCUGCUUGGAUCCCGGGAGAUGCGUAUUUUAAUAUUGGGCCUGGAUGGCGCCGGAAAAACCACAAUAUUAUAUAGGUUACAGGUCGGCGAGGUAGUCACAACGAUACCCACAAUUGGCUUCAACGUGGAGCAGGUCACAUACAAAAACCUCAAGUUCCAAGUCUGGGAUUUGGGCGGACAGACCAGUAUUAGACCUUAUUGGCGUUGUUAUUAUAGCAAUACAGACGCAAUUAUAUAUGUGGUCGACUCGGUGGAUCGUGAUCGCAUAGGUAUCUCGAAAGAUGAACUGUUAUACAUGCUGCGCGAGGAGGAGCUAGCCGGCGCGAUACUUGUUGUGCUUGCCAACAAACAGGAUAUGGAGGGCUGCAUGACCGUGGCUGAAGUGCAUCAUGCGUUAGGUUUGGAAAAUCUUAAAAAUCGCACAUUUCAAAUAUUCAAAACGUCGGCCACCAAAGGCGAGGGCCUAGAUCAGGCAAUGGAGUGGUUAUCCAAUACGCUCCAAGCUCGCAAAUAGUCAUGCCCCUCGCUCCCGAUGUCCUAAAUGAGCCUGCCCCCUUGUAAAAUUGUCCAAAGUGUCACCCAGAGAUAGUUGGAAGAUCUAUAACGCUUGCGCAAAUAUCCAAACACACACACACACACACACACACAUACACAUACAU